GGGAAGAGAUGACAUUGGAGAUUACUGCGCAUCCGAUUUUCCCAGCAAUUCGCUUGGGAAUUCGAGCAAUGACGAUGAAAUCGAGCUGCAGUGGGCCGCGAUCGAGAGAUUGCCCACCAUCAAACGGCUCAGAUCGUCGCUCUUCGAUUAUGGCGAUGGUGAGAACGGUGGUAAAGGGAAGAAGGUUGUCGACGUUGCCAGGCUUGGUGCUCCGGAGCGACACUCGUUCAUCGAAAAACUCAUCAAGUAUAUUGAAGAAGACAAUCGACGGCUGUUACAAAAGCAACGAGAACGAAUGGACAGGGUGGGCGUGAAACUGCCAAAGGUGGAGGUGAGGUACACCAAUUUGUGUGUGGACGCAGUGUGUGAAGUGGUUCAUGGCAAGCCCUUACCCACUCUAUGGAAUACUGCCAAAAGCCUUGUUCAUGGUUUAGCAAGAGUUUGUGGUUCCAAAUCUCAAGAAGCUAAGAUAAGCAUCAUCAACGGUGUCAGUGGCGUAAUCAAACCAUCAAGGAUGACUCUAUUGCUGGGCCCACCAGGAUGUGGGAAGACAACAUUACUAUUAGCACUUGCUGGGAAGCUGGACAAAUCUCUAAAGGUUACAGGAGAAAUCUCCUACAACGGUUACAAAUUAGAGGAGUUUGUACCUCAGAAGACAUCAGCUUACAUAAGCCAAUAUGAUCUACACAUUCCUGAGAUGACUGUAAGGGAGACACUUGAUUUUUCGGCACGUUGUCAGGGCGUUGGAAGCAGAGCAGAACUUAUGAUGGAAGUUAGCAGAAGGGAGAAGGAGUUGGGAAUUGUACCGGAAUCAGAUAUCGACACUUUCAUGAAGGCAAUUUCUGUCAAAGGAUUAGAGAGAACCCUCCAAACAGACUAUAUUUUAAAGAUCCUAGGAUUGGACAUCUGUGCUGAAACAAUGGUUGGUGAUGCGAUGCGAAGAGGCAUUUCGGGUGGUCAGAAGAAAAGACUCACUACAGGGGAGAUGAUUGUUGGUCCAACAAAAGCUCUUUUCAUGGAUGAGAUAUCGACUGGCUUGGACAGCUCGACCACCUUUCAGAUUGUCACUUGUCUUCAGCAGUUGACGCACAUCACAGACGCUACAAUGUUGGUUUCACUUCUUCAACCGGCGCCGGAGUCCUUUGAUCUCUUUGAUGAUCUCAUCUUGAUGGCGGAAGGGAAAAUUGUGUAUCAUGGCCCACGAUGUCAUGUUCUUGGUUUUUUUGAGGAUUGUGGUUUCAAAUGCCCGGAAAGAAAAGGCACUGCUGACUUCCUCCAAGAGGUACUCUCUAGUAAGGAUCAAGAACAAUACUGGUACCAUACAGACCAACCUUAUACUUAUGUCACAGUAGACCAAUUCUCUAAGAAAUUUAAGGAAUGUGAUAUUGGACGAAAGCUAAAUGAGGAACUUUCCAAGCCAUAUGAUAAGUCCCACAGCAACAAAACUGCUUUAGCGUUUAGUGCAUUCUCUCUAACCAAAUGGGAAUUAUUCAAAGCUUGCAUGGCUAGAGAAUGGCUUCUCAUGAAACGGAAUUCAUUCGUUCAUGUAUUCAAAACAGCACAGCUGGUAAUCAUGGCAUUUAUAACAAUGACCAUAUUUAUACGCACACAGAUGCGUGUGGAUGUGUUGCAUGCAAAUUACUACAUGGGUUCUUUAUUUUAUACAAUCAUCCGACUUGUGACAAAUGGAAUUGCAGAGCUGGCUUUAACUGUUUCUAGACUCCCAGUUUUCUACAGACAGAGAGAAUAUUACUUCUACCCUGCAUGGACAUUCUCUAUUCCGGCUUCCAUCCUGAAGAUCCCUUUUUCAUUGCUUGAAUCUUUUAUUUGGACAGCUAUUACUUACUAUGUUAUUGGGUAUAGUCCUGAGAUUGAAAGGUUUUUCUGCCAAUUUCUUCUAUUAUUCGGUCUCCACCAGUCAUCAACAUCCAUGUUUCGUUUCCUUGCCUCGGUUUUCCAAACGCCGGUUGCUGCUUCAACUAGUGGAACUUUGUCAGUACUAAUAAUCUUGUUAUUUGGUGGCUUUAUUCUUCCCCUACCCUCAUUACCACCCUGGUUGAAGUGGGGAUUUUGGCUAUCUCCAAUAACAUAUGCAGAGAUAGGCAUCUCGAUCAAUGAAUUCCGUGCUCCACGGUGGCAAAAGAUUUCAUCGACAAAUUCAACUAUAGGACAUGAAGUUCUAACAAGCCGUGGACUAGACUUUAAUGACUACUUUUAUUGGAUAUCACUUGGAGCAUUGUUUGGAUUCACGAUACUUUUCAAUAUCGGAUUUACCUUGGCCUUGACUUUUUUAAAGCCUCCAAGUACAUCCAAGGCUAUUAUUUCUCAUGAGAAACUCUCUCAACUACAAGGAAGAGAAGACUAUAAGAAUAGAAUGGAUAUUGCUAGGAAGGCUGCUAUUGCUCCCAUGACUAUUGCAGAAACGAAGAGAGACGGGAGAAUGGUCUUACCAUUUGAGCCUUUGAUAAUGGUGUUUCAAAAUAUACAAUAUUUUGUUGAUACCCCCCCGAAAUUGAGAGAGCAAGGCUUUGCAGAAAAGAAACUCCAACUUCUUCACGAUAUUACGGGUGUCUUCAGACCUGGUGUCCUUACAGCUUUGAUGGGUGUCAGUGGGGCAGGAAAAACAACUCUCAUGGAUGUUCUAUCUGGAAGGAAAACAUUUGGUAUUAUUGAAGGAGAUAUAAGAAUUGGAGGAUAUCCCAAGGUCCAACAUACAUUUGCGAGGAUAUCAGGCUACUGUGAGCAGAAUGACAUACAUUCUCCGCAAAUUACUGUUGAAGAAUCGGUGAUAUAUUCUGCUUGGUUGCGGUUGUCACCUCAAAUUGACCAGACUACUAGAUCUGAAUUUGUAAAACAAGUUCUUCAAACUAUUGAGCUUGAUGGAAUUAAAGAUGCUUUAGUUGGCAUUCCUGGCGUAAACGGUUUAUCGACUGAGCAACGUAAACGACUCACUAUUGCAGUAGAGCUUGUUGCCAAUCCAUCGAUUAUAUUCAUGGAUGAACCCACAUCAGGCCUAGAUGCUAGAGCAGCGGCAAUUGUCAUGCGUGCUGUGAAGAAUGUUGUUGAUAUGGGAAGGACAGUAGUUUGUACCAUCCAUCAGCCCAGUAUAGACAUAUUCGAAUCCUUUGAUGAGUUGAUUCUAAUGAAAAGAGGAGGACAAAUGAUCUAUUCUGGACCAUUGGGUCAACACUCAAGCAAGCUUAUUGAGUAUUUUGAGGGUAUACCGGGUGUACCGAAGAUUAAAGAUAAUUACAAUCCAGCAACUUGGAUGUUAGAAAUUACCUCUAUGUCUAUAGAAACGGAGCUUGGUUUAGAUUUUUCCCAUCUUUAUAAAGAAUCUUCUCUAUAUCGGGACAAUGAAGAGCGGGUUAAACAACUGAAUGAGCCGCCUCUCGGUUCAAGCGACUUGCAUUUCGCAACACGUUUUCCACAAAAUAGUUGGGGGCAAUUCAAAGCAUGCCUUUGGAAACAACACCUAUCCUAUUGGCGGAGUCCAACAUACAACCUAGUACGCUUCAUGUUUAUGAGCAUUUCGUCGGUGUUAUUUGGUGCACUCUUUUGGCAAAAGGCGAGGAAAAUAAACAAUGAACAGGACUUGUUCAACAUACUUGGCUCAAUGUUCAUUGCCAUGAUAUUCUUAGGCGUAAACAACUGUUCGACGAUCAUGCCGUUUGUGGCAAGAGAACGCACCGUUUUGUACCGGGAAAAAUUCGCCGGAAUGUACUCUUCACGAGCCUAUUCAUUUGCACAGGUGGCCAUUGAGAUUCCUUACAUACUCCUCCAAGCGAUUCUAUUUGUGAGCAUUACGUAUCCAAUGAUUGGAUACUUUUGGUCAGCUUAUAAGGUCUUCUGGUAUUUCUACACAACCUUGUGUACAUUGCUCUUCUUUAAUUACAUGGGAAUGCUGCUUAUGUCAUUGAGCCCAAAUGUUCAAGUAGCUUCUGUAUUGGCGGCUCCCUGCUACACUUUACUGAAUCUAUUCUCAGGGUUCUUGAUACCCGGGCCAAAAAUUCCAAAGUGGUGGGUUUGGUGCUACUGGAUUUGUCCGACAGCGUGGAGUCUGAACGGCCUCCUUACUUCACAAUAUGGAGAUAUAAGCAAAGAGAUCACGACAUUCGGAAAACUGACGCCCGUUAAUUCUUUCAUAAAAGAUUAUUUUGGGUUCCAGCAUAAUCAUUUAGGUUUUGUGGCUAUUGCUCUUGCUGCCUUCCCAGUCAUUUUUGCUUCUCUGUUUACAUUCUUCAUUGGUAAAUUGAAUUUCCAAAGGAGGUGAAUAGAUCUCUGACUCGAGGAUAUGCACAGGCAUUGAAGCUUUCUGUUUAUACAAGUGGGGCCCAUGUCCUAAUGAUCCAGACAAUUUGUAUGCUGGGCCCACCAUGGACAGUUUAAGGAUCCUAUAACUGCAAUUACUAGAAGAGACAUGUAACUAAUGACAUUUCUUGCAAAAAGGAUAUCAAUAUAUUAAAGAGUUUAAAUGUGCAUUUUCUUUUA